AUGGUUGUUCCUCCUCAAAAAUUGAUUGUUCAUUAUCAUUAUUGUUCUAUAAAAGAUAUUGGGGAUAUCUAUAUAAACUAUUUAAAUGUUCAAUUAUUUUUUUUAAAAAAUGUUUUAAAUUGUUCUUUCUUACUUCUAGUAGAAGAAAUACAUCCUUAUAGUAAUUUUGGAUCAUAUCCAUAUGCUUUUAAUACAUUGGAGGGCAAUACUUUAAAUGAUGUAGAAAUAAUUGACUAUAUGAAAAAUAUUUAUUUAUUUGAUUUGGUUGAAUAUGAUUUAUAUGCAGGAGUAAUAAAUGAACUAAAGACAAUAUUGACAUAUUACAUAUGGGAAGAUGAUAAAAUAUUUAAUAAUUUUACGAAAAAAAUUUACGAAGAUAAAUUUUUUUAUAUAUACUAUCUUUAUUUAAUAAGAAAAUUAAAGAAGGAGAAUAGGAGAAUAUGCCAAGAGAGGGGAUUAGACAAUCAUAAAUUUAAUAUUUCUAGAUUAAAAACCAUUUUACAUAUAUUAGAUAAAGCUAUGGAUAAUAGUAAUAAUUCAGAUAUAAAAAGUGACAACGUCAGUUAUUUUCAUUCCUUGUGUUUUUCAAUUUUGUCGAUAUUUUAUUCUAUUCCCUCACAAU